AUGUCAAAUCCCAACGACCUCACGCAGGGACUUCCCUGGAUCCAGGCUGGGUCUGGUGAGGAGGCGGAGGCAUUUAAGGUUAAUAUCUGGUCCGCGAAGCAGAUAGUGGAAGCCACUGAGUCUUUGACGGUUAACUGCAGCACCAGCUGUGAAGACCCUCAAAAGGGUGGUUUGGAGACCCCCUUGACUAAGAGGGAGUUGGAUAAACACCCUCAACGGAAGUGGAUUCAGUUCUUAGUCUCAAACAUCUCCCAGGACACGGUCCUCUUAUGCUUCUUCAGCUGCGCAGGAAGGCUUCGAGAGGAGCCCCUCAGCAUCCAAGUAUACCAGCCUCCAGCUCAGGUCACACUGAAGCUGCAGCCCCCUCGGGUGUUUGUGGGUGAAACCUUCACCAUUGAGUGCAAGGUGUCCCCUGUGAAGCCCCUUGAGAGCCUCACCCUGUCUCUGCUCCGUGGCAGAGAGACCCUGCAGAACCAGACCUUUGGGGGAGCUAAAACUGGCCCCCAAGAGGCCGUAGCCACAUUCAACAGCACAGCUCUAAAAAAGGAUGGCCUCAACUUCUCCUGCCAGGCUGAGCUGGACCUGCGGCCCCAUGGUGGGUACAUCAUCCGCAGCAUCUCAGAGUUCCAGACCCUCGAAGUCUAUGAGCCUCUGCAGGACAACCAGAUGGUCGUCAUUGUCAUCGUGGUGUCCCUACUGCUGUUCUUAUUUGUGACAUCCGUCCUACUCUGCUUUAUCCUCGGCCAGCACUGGCACAGGAGGCAGACGGGCACCUAUGGAGUGCUAGCUGCCUGGAGGAGGCUGCCCCGAGCCUUCCGGGCACGUCCAGUGUGAGCUGAUGUUGCUAGGCCCCUGGUGG